AUGAAAGGCGCGGACGCACCUGCGCGUGGACCGAAGACUGUGUUCACGUUCAAUACGGCGGAGGACAUACAGGGCUUCGCGACGGGCUGCGACGGGGACAUUGGUGGGCUGUCCACGGUCGCGCUGGAGCUCGACGAGAGGCCCGAGGUGAAUGAGCCGAUUGGCAAAACUGCGACGGGCGUGUUUCGUGGGGAGAUGCGGCUGAGCGUCAAGCCGGGAAUGGAGACGAAGAUUCGUGGGGGGUAUGCUGGGUUUAGGAAUAAGAACAGGCCCGCGUUUCUGUACGGCAAUUUGACGGAGGACGCGUCACUGUUCGAUUACCUGGCCCUGCGCGUGCGCCUCGCGGGCGAACCACAGACACACAGCUCGUACUUUGUCAACAUCCAGACCGCCGGGCCCGUCUCGACCGACCUGUGGCAACACCGACUGUACUUGCGGAAACAUAACACCUGGGAAGACGUUUUUGUCCCAUUUGACAACUUUGUGCGAACGAAUGCAGGUGAAAUGUCGAAGAAACAGAUUACCAUGUACCGCGAGAAGAUCAAGAGCAUAGGCAUUUCGAUUCUAGGAGGGAACAGCGGCAUCGAGGGCAAAUACGAGCUCGGAAUCGACUCGUUCCGGUUUGUGAACGAGGAAGACGUGGUUGGUACGUCACUCACGACUCCCCUCACCCCACAGUUGGUGUUUCUUGUUGUACUGAUGUAG